AUGGCGUUCUACUUAUCAGAAGCGAUCUUUCUUGUCCUUGCUAUUCUAUCUCUUUACAUUGUUCGUUUUUAUUAUGCGUAUUUUACUCGUCCAUCUCCUCUUCCGGGACCAUUCCCGUUUCCACUAUUCGGCAACAUGCUAACGUAUCCGGGUGACAUGCUCACCUGGUCCAAUCACCACUCCAAAAUCUAUGGUGAUUUUUAUGAGGUUUAUAUGGGCACCCAACGCACCUUCUGGUUGUGCCGUGGCGAUUUAUGUGAGAAGAUAUUUAGCAGUUCAAGGGCUAACAAUUUCUUACUUCGUACUCCUCCAAAUGACGGAUUGGAUGAAUUUGACGUGUCAAAGAAAGGUUUGCUAUUUAAUCGAGAUUUAGAUAAUUGGAGGUUUUAUAGAAAAUUUAUGAGUAGAGUUAUGAUGACACCUAAAUUCUUGAAGGAGACGUGUGAAUGGGUACAGGAUAUUUGGGGGGAGAUGGAAGAAUAUUGGCAAGAAAACGAUGGUAACCUUAAAAAUGAUUCGGGUAAAGUUCUCGACCUCUCCGGAUGGGCGUUGCGAGUAACCACCGACUCGAUAAUACAUCUUACCACACAUAAGAAAGCUUAUUCACUGGCAAGCUAUCAUAAGAAACUCUCGCCAAACUCGGUACUACUCAAACAGGUUCCGAAGAGUGUACUGAAAUCUUCUGACAAGUUUGUUGGUGCUAUUAGAAUGUUCAUCGACAGUUUGGCAUUCUUUAUGUCCACACCGUGGAUUACAAGAAGGAUGCCGGGCGUGAAAGAGCGCGUUAGGGAAUUAAUUCGUAAUAGAGAUUGGUUAAAUGAAGAUUUAUUAAGAAUUAUUCGAGAAAGACGGGAAGAAGUUGAAAGAUUGAAUGAUUGUAAUACUAAAGAUCACACGACUUUAGGUGAAAGUAAAAAUAUCGAAUUAAGAACAGAUCUGUUAACUAUGCUCUUGACAGUGAAUACAAAUUUGGAUAUUACCAAAGGCAUUGGCGACGAAAUAAAUUGUAAUCCUAUAACCGACGACGAAAUCCGAGAGAUUAUGAUAGAAGUAUUUGCCGGCGGAAUUGAUACAACGGCGAACACGAUCUGUUACGUAAUCUAUCACCUCGAGCAUCAUCCGAAUGUCAAACAACGAUUUUUGAAAGAACUGGAUUCCACAUUUGGAAGGGAUCCUAACUAUCGAUUCAAAAUUGAGGAUUUGAGCAAACUCGAGUACAGCGAGGCAAUUAUUAAAGAAGUACAACGGGUCUUCCCCACUACACCGAUAAACUUCCGAGCAAAUGUCGAACCAUGCGAGAUCGGCGGUUGCAAAUUUCCCGCCGAUACUCAAUUCUUCGUUAAUAACCAAUCGGUGAAUUCUCAUCCAGCUCACUGGACGAAUCCUCAUGAAUUCAAUCCUGACAGAUUUCUCAGCAAUCCCAUUGAUCCCAAACAGCCUAAACAAACGGUGUAUAAUAGUUUUGGCGGGGGAUUGCGCAUGUGCCCCGGAAAAAAUAUAGCCAUGAUGCAAUUGAAGGCAUUUAUGGUAUUGCUAUACCGUAAAUGGGAGAUAGAAUUGCUCGAUAUGAAUGCACCGAUCAAGAAUCAUUUUACUAUUGUCAGACAAUGUGAUACUCUUGAG